AUGGCCUCUUUCUUCGGGGACAGCUUCGUGGAGCUGCCGCUGGCAGACGCCUCCCGGGCGCUGCGGCUGCGGCUGCAGCUGCUCACCAGUCAGCCCAGUGGGCUGCUCUUCCUGGCUGCUGGUCACCCCGACCACCUCCUGCUCCAGCUGCGAGCUGGCAGCCUGCAGGCCAGACUGCAGCUGGGCCAGGAGGAGGUGAUGCUGCAGUCCCCAGAAGAGCUGCAGCUCAAUAACCUGGUCAAGCACGAAGUGGAGCUGCUGGUGGAGGAUGGCAGGAUGACGUUGACCAUUGAUGGCCUUUUCAACAGCUCCGUGGACAUUCCAGGGCCUGUACAAGAGCUGGACAUCAAGUAUGGCCUCUAUGCUGGUGGGACAGGCAGCCUCGACCUGCCAUACCUCACUGAGGCCAGCCCACCCUUCAGAGGUUGCCUCCACUUGGUGACUUUCAAUGGCCUGGAUGUUCUCUCCCCUCUGUCCUCUGAUGGCAGCUCCAAGGUUUUCCACCGAGUCCAGGAAGGGUGCAGCACACAGUUCCUUGCAGAGCCUGAGGACCCCUUUGGGUUCCUGGGGCCUCACUCCUACAUUGCGUUUCCCACGUGGGAUGCAAGGGAGGAAGCAACCAUCGAGUUCGUGAUAACCACAAGCAUCACCCAGGCCCCUCUCAUCUACCACGCGGGGCUGGAGAAUGACUUCUUCUACCUGGAGAUCUCCAACGGGCGCCUCAGAGGGUUUGUUGAGAAGGGCAAUGGCAUCAUUGUCCUGCACAACAACGUCUUCAUCAGCGACGAGCAGCAGCAUUACGUCAAAGUCUACACAGACAUCCACAAGUUUGAGAUCCUGAUCGAUUACUACGCUUCGUCCACCUCCAACCGGGGCAUCAACAACCACCUGGACCUCCAGGGAAACCUCUUCAUUGGAGGUAUGAAUGACAAAGCUUUGCAGAGGCUAAAGGAGCAUCACCUUGCUUUCAUCUCAGUGUGGACCAUGACCAACAACUCGUUUGUUGGCUGCUUGGAGGACCUGCGGAUAAACCUGCAGAGGAGAAGCCUGCAAGAUGCCGUGAUCACCAGGGACAUCACAGCAGGCUGUGGAAAGCAGGAGCACUACUGGGACUAUGAAGAGGUGUAUGAGCAGGAUGAGGCACCCACCUCCCCACCUCCAGAUGUCCGGGCAGGAGCACCAGGCCUGGUGGUGGAACCAUGCCAGCCAGACAGCAGCUUCCCACCAGCCUUUGCCAACAUCAGCAGGCUGCUGCACGUCAGCCCCCUCAUUGUCUCUGAAGGGGGCAUGGCCUAUCUGGAGUGGAAACAUGCCCAGCCAACAGUCGACUUGAGUCUUGCAAACAUCCGGCAGUCCCAGAUCCUCUUCAGCAUCACCAACGACCCCAGGCACGGCCAGCUGGAGCUGGACAUCCCUGGCUCCAGGAGCAGAAGGAAGUUCACCCUGUUGGAUAUCGUGAAUCGGAAAGUCAGAUACAUCCACGAUGGCUCCGAGGGGCCCAUGGACCAGCUGAUGCUGGAGGUGACAGUCACUGCCCAGCAAGGGGUCCCCGAAUGCUUGCGGCAGGGCCAGAUGUACCUGCUGCCCAUCAUGAUCAGCCCCACCAACGAUGCCCCGCAGGUCAUCUUUCCCCAUGGGAACCACAUGACAAUCCUGAAGCACACACGGAAGCACCUGACCACGGAUAUCCUGCAGGUCCUAGAUGAUGACACACCCUGCGACGACCUCGAAUUCCAGCUGCACGGUGGCCAGCAGAUGGAGGAGGGUUACGUGGAGUACGACUUCCAGCCUGGAGUGCCCAUCGAAGAGUUCUCCUGCAGGGACCUGGAAGCAGGCAACGUAGUCUAUGUGCACCAGAGUGGGACAGACUUACAGCUCACCUUGCAGGUGAGUGAUGGCAUGUUCCCAAGCUCCGUGGCCACCCUAAGGAUCCUUGCCAUCGACCCUGACAUCCACCUCCAGAACAACACUGGCCUCUCCAUCUCCCAGGGAGGGGCUGGGCGCAUUACCAUGGCCAACCUCUCAGUGGAGACAAACGCUGUGAAUCAACGGGUCACCAUCCUGUAUGUCCUCACAGAGCCCCUAAAGUACGGUGAGGUCCAGAAGCAAGGCAGCAUGGGAGGGGAAUGGAAAAAAGUCGAGUCCUUCCACCAGCAAGACCUGGAGCAAGGGCGCAUCCAGUAUUUCAGCACAGACUCGGAGCACAGGCUGGAAGAUACCACAGAGAAGCUGAGAUUCGAAGUCCAGGUGGGGCAGAAGGUCUUGCACAACAACACGUUCCUCAUAAGGAUUAAAAGAGCCACCAUUAAGAUGAAGACCAUGGUCCCCCUCCAGAUGAAGAACAAGCGGCACAGAAAUAUCACCAGUAAGGAGCUGGAGGCGAUGUUGGAAGAUGCCAACUCUGCCCCAGUCCCCUUCCACUACGUGAUAAUCCAGGCUCCCAAAAAGGGGAACCUGGAGCUGCUCGGCAACAGGCUGACUGAAGGCUUUGGGUUUACCCAGGAUGACCUGCAGAGAAACCACCUGAGCUACAGCGUGACCAUCAGGAACUCUCAGCAAGCUGAGGACACCUUCCAGUUCCGUGUCCGAGCUGGUGAGCAGCACUCUCCUGUCUACACUUACACAAUCAGCAUCGGUGGGGACCCCGACGCGCCAGCCCUGACCAACGUCCUCCUGACCGUGCCGGAAGGGGGACAGGCUGUCAUCUCCAAAGACCACCUGUUUGUACAGAGCAUGAACAGCAUGGACUACGUCUACGAAGUGAUCGAGGGGCCAGCACAUGGGAGGCUGGCCUGGGCUGCUUCCCACGGCUGGGCCUCCAGAGAGGAGAUCAUGGAGUUCACCAACGAUGACAUCCUCCAGCGCCGGCUCCUGUACCAGCACGAUGACUCGGAGACACUGGAGGACGACAUCCCCUUCGUAGCCACCCGGCAGGGCGAAGGCAGCAGUGAGCCCGAGGCAGAGGAGGUGAGAGGCGUUUUCAGGGUCUCCAUCCAACCUGUCAAUGACCACGUCCCCGUCCAAGUGGUGAACAAGGUCUUCCACGUGGUGCGCAACGGGCAGCACCUGCUGACCACAGACGACAUCGCCUUCGCCGACGAGGACUCCGGCUUCUCCGACUCGCAGCUGGUGCUGGCCAGGAAGGACAUCCUGUUUGGCAGCAUCGUGUCCGUCGAUGACCGAAGCCGCCAGCUCUAUCGCUUCACACAGGAUGACCUGAGGAAGAAGAAGAUCCUUUUUGUCCAUUCGGGGGCCGACCGAGGCUGGAUCCAGCUGCAGGUCUCCGAUGGCCUCCACCAAACCACGGCCCUCCUGGAGGUUCAGGCGUCAGACCCCUACAUCAAAAUUGUGAACAACACCGGGCUAGUCAUCCACCAGGGGAGCAGAGGGAACAUCGACUCUUCUGUCCUCAGCCUGGAGACCAACAUGGACAUCAGGUCAGAUGAAGAGAUACGGUUCCUGAUAACAACCCCCCCAAGGUGGGGGACGGUGCUGAGAGGGGAACAGCCAGUCAUGGCCUUCUCCCUGAGAGACCUGCUAGCAGGAGAGAUCUCCUACCACCACAACGGGAGCAGGAACACCCGGGAUGAGCUCCAGUUCACUGUAGAAGCAAACGAGGUAGCAGUGGAGGACACGAUGGCCAUCAGCGUGUUCCUGGACACCCAUCCCAGCCCCCUGCACAUAGUCAACCACAAGGAGAUGCAUGUCUUCCAGGGAGAAGCAGCUGGGAUCAAGGAGGAAUACCUACUGGUCACCCAUGAAGAGAUCCCCCCCCAGGACAUUGUCUACCUGGUGAGCAGCCCCCCAGCCUCCGGCUUCCUGGCGAUGCUUCAGCACAGCGGAGACUCAAACGAGCAGCCCAGCCUAGACCCCAUCCAGUCCUUCACUCAGGAGGACAUCAACAAUGGCAGAGUCCUCUACUUGCACUCCAGGCCAGAGGAAGAGCACGACCAGUUUGUGGUGGACAUCACAGCCCAGGGUGCAGACCCACUGGAAGGGGUGGUGGUCGGCCUGGCAGUGCUCCCCAUCACCGUCCCCCUGGAUGUCCACAACAUCACAGUGCCAGCAGGUGGUUCUGCUACCCUCUCCACGGGCAUCCUCAACAUCCCCAACACCUACUACACGGCUCUGGGCGUGGAGUUCAGGGUGCUGGAGCCCCCCCGUUUCGGCACCCUCCUGAACAGCCAGCGGCCCGAGGAUGGUGGGCUGCACAGCUUCACCUGGAGCCAGGUGGAGGACCAGCAGAUCCAGUACAGGCAGGACGGUUCCCGGGCCCGGACCGACAGCUUCACCCUCUUGGCCAACGCCACCGAGGUGGCCCGGCAGAGCCAGCCCAGGACCCUCCUCAUCACCAUCCUGCCCCGCAGCUCCAGGGGACCCCGCCUGAGGGUCAACGCCGGCCUGCAGCUGCGGGAAGGCACCACGGCUGCCAUCAGCCCCCACCUCCUGAGCGCUGAGGAUGAGGACUCCCCGGCAGAGGAGGUGACCUACUCCAUCCAGCCCCCUGCCAACGGGAAGGUUGUGCUCAGGACAGCACCCAGCGCUGAGCUCCAGCAAUUCACCCAGGCCCAGAUCAACAGCGGCCUCGUCCUCUUCGUGCAUCAAGGUAGGGCAGGGCUGAGGUGCUGCUGUCCCCCCUGGUCUGUGCCAAGUUAGGGGGUGGGGCUGCAGCCAUGAAUGCCCAGCUCCAUGCUUUCUGCAGGGCCCCUGGAUGGAGGCUUUGCCUUUGACCUGUGGGAUGGUGAGAACCUGUCUCCUGGACACUUUUUCCUCGUCAGGGCUCAGAGGGAGCCCCUCAUCAGCCUGGCCAAGAAGCAGAGCCUCACUGUCUGCCCAGGUGGCCUCCAGCCCAUCACCAGCCAGAACCUGCAGGCAGUGACCAACAGCCCCACCAGCUCCAGCACCCUGUACUACAGCAUCGAGCAAGCCCCACGCCUGGGCAGGCUCAGCACCUCCCAGGGAGAGGAGAUCAGGAACUUCACCCAAGCCCAGGUGGACAGUGGGUUAAUUUUCUACCAGCACGAGAUGCCAGAGAAGCCCUUCUGGCUUGCCCAAGAUGCCAUCCGCUUCCGUGUGGUUGCUCCCACCACCAUCUCUGACUCCUUCAUCCUCCUUGUGCUGAUCUCCUUCGAGGCCAGGUGUCCCCAGCUCUCAACUCAGCUGUGGAGAAAUGCAGGUCUCCAGCUGGCAAGGUCUCAACAGGCAGAGAUCAGCACCUCAGUGCUGGAUGCCUCCAACCUCCUGAGCCAAGUCCCAGUCCCUGAGAGGGCUGCACAUGAUGUUGUCUUCCUGGUGACAGGGCUGCCAUCUCAUGGGCAGCUCCUGGUGGCUGGUGUGUCCCUGGAGCAGUCACGGCCGUUCUUCCUGCAGUCAGACCUGGCUGCAGGGCACCUGGCUUAUGCCCACAGUGGGGACAGCAUCUCUGCAGACCAUUUCAGCUUCAAGGCUUGGCUCCGACCCCAGGCACAGCAGUCCAUCCGUCCUCCACAGGAAGGGGUGAUCAUCUCUGAAGCUUUCAACAUAACUGUGACCAGCAGCAACAAGGCACCACGUGUGGUGAAGAGGCAAGAGGUGCUGCGGGUCUUGCCAGGCUCCGUGGUGACCUUGUCCCAGGAGUACCUGGACGUGGCAGACCCCUCAGGCUCCCCAGAAGAGAUGGUGUACAGAGUCCUCCAGAGACCUCUCACUGGCCAUCUGGCCCAUGCACACAACCCACGGGAGCCCAUCAGCCACUUCACCCAAGCAGAUGUCAAUGCAGGCCACGUGGUGUUUGUUGCCACCAGGAGCCGUGGCGCCCCAGGGUCCUUAGCCCUCAGCCUCUCUGAUGGGCACCACUUGCCCACCUUGACCUCACUGGAGAUCGAGGUGCUGCCUGUGGUGAGCACCACUGCCAGCCCAGCGCUGCUGGAGGUGCCCCAAGACCUGAACAGGGCCACCAUGUCCCACCGUCACCUCCUGGGAGCCACACAGCCACGGGCAGGCAAUACCCUGUACAGGAUCACCAGAAACCCAAGGUUUGGUCAAGUGCUGCUCAACCAAAAGCCAGCACGGGGCUUCUCACAGAAGCAGCUGGACCGUGGGGAGGUGACGUUCACCUUCACCGACCUCACCUCUCCCGAGGACAGCUUCCAGUUCCUUGCCACGUCCCAGGCAGCCAACAGGACCGGGGUGGUGAACGUGACUGUCCGUGCCUUGGUGAAGGCUCAGGCAGGCAGCGUGUGGCCCAGGGGCACCACAGCCCUCCUGGACACCCGUGUCCUGGACGCCAGCGAGCUGGCCAACCGCACCAAGAGCCUCCCAGUCUUCAAGAUCCGCAGGGCGCCCCGUGCCAGCCGCCUCGUCAGGGUCUCCAGGGACCCGGGGCAACCCACCACCCCCAUUGAGACCUUCAGCCAGGGCGAGCUGGAGCAAGGGCUGGUGGGGCUGGAGGUGCUGGAUGCUGGGGAAACCGAGGAGCCCCUGCAGAGUGACAGCUUCGUCUUUGAGCUGGUGGCCGCUGGGGUGCCACCAGGGCUGGCGUCCCUGGGGUACAGCACCGAGCCCUAUAACUCCUCCAAGGCCUACGGGGUCACCCUGCUCACAGCCCCCCUGGCACCCUCAGCCCCACUGCCCCGGGGCACAGCACGGAGCAGCCCCAAUGCCAGCGAGCUGGGCAUGGCCCCCACUGCCUGGCCAGGCAGCAGUGCCACCACCAGCCCCGCGGAAGGGGGCACCUUCCUCAGUUUCAUCGAAGCCAACAUGUUCAGUAUCAUCAUCCCCAUCUGCCUCAUCUUCCUCUUGCUGGCCCUCAUCCUGCCCCUGCUUUUCUACCUGCACAAGCGCAACAAGACAGGGAAGCACCAUGUCCAGGGCACCCCCUCUUCCAAGGCCAAGAACGGGGCUGUGCCAGACCAGGAGACCUUCCGGAGGACGGACCCCAACCAAGGCAUCCCCCUAACAACUGUCAACACCCUGGAGGGCAAGGGCACAGGUCCCCAACCUCAGGGCACGGGACCCGGGGCACCACCAGACCCUGAGCUCCUCCAGUACUGCCGGACUUCCAACCCCCCCUUGAAAAACAACCAGUACUGGGUGUGA